UUCCUUCAUUUUCCUCCAAGGAUUCUCUACCGACAUAAACUCAACCCUAAAUGCGAUGGUCCCUGGAUCAAAUACUGACAUCAGUAACGCUGAAGAAGUUCCGAGUCUGGAUUUCAUCACCAAAGAGAUGAACACUGAUCAGUACUACCAUCUUGGUCUAGCAUUGGGUAUGUCCUACCAGACACUUGACACCAUCCAGUUUAGAAGCAGACAACAUGAGGAGGCCGGAGUUUAUACCCCGAAUCAAAAGGCUGCUAUCUUUAUGAUCCGCUACUGGAAAUGCUUGUAUCAUUCUGUCUCCAUAGCAGACGAUCAUCUUAGAGAAGUGUGGAAGUCCGUGAGCGAUUCUGGACAUUCAAUCCCUGUUUCGGAAGAAGGACGAAGAGCUGAAAGGGAAUCCGACAAAAAUGUGGAAGACAUCUUUGGAGGAGAAUUUCAUCUUGAAAAAUCAAGGACCGCCCCGAGAGUAGUCCUACAUGCUUAUGAGGUGGAGAUUCCGGAAGCAAGGGGGCACUGGGCGGAGAGUCUUCAUCAUAAGCGAGCAAAGACUCCUAGUGUCAGAAGUGAUUCGUUAACCAGUUUCAGCACGUUGCUAGAGGAGGAAGAGGAGAGUCGCUUUCCGAAACGUCGUAAGUUGCCCUAUCUUGUACUAGAUUUCUUCUUCUAA